UCCUCCUGUCUCCAGCCGCAGGUUGUUAGCAGGACGCGGCUAAAGCACACAGCUCCGAGUCGGUACCGAGCUCCACCGGGGAUGCCCUGCUCUUUGUAAAGAUUACCGAGAACUGCCAGGCACCUACCGGCUUCUGCUCAACCACGGACGACACUUUAGCCCUUAAAUAGCACAAUGACGACGCGAUCGGAGCGAGAGAAAGCGCAAAAACUUAACGAACAACACCAAGCUAUUUUAUCCAAACUGCUCCGGGAAGAGGAUAACAAGUACUGUGCAGACUGCGAGGCGAAAGGUCCUCGUUGGGCAUCAUGGAAUCUGGGCGUGUUCAUGUGCAUUCGCUGUGCAGGGAUCCACAGGAACCUGGGAGUCCACAUCUCUAGAGUCAAGUCUGUCAACCUCGACCAAUGGACCCCAGAGCAGAUACAGAGCAUGGUGGAGAUGGGGAACAACAGAGCCAAACUGGUGUAUGAGGCCCACCUCCCCGAGAGCUUCAGGCGACCGCAGUCCGACCAAGCAGUGGAAGUUUUCAUCCGGGACAAAUACGAGAGGAAAAGAUACUUCGACAAGGAUGCUCUGCCUCCUCAGAAGUCUGAAGUUACUGCCUCUCCAUCAUCCCAGGACAAGAGCAAGCCAGAGAAGGAAAAGAAAAAAGAGGAGAAGAAGCGAGAGAAGGAGACUGAGAGACACAACCCAAAGUCCGAGUCCAGGAGUCCAAAGAAAAGUCCAGAGCCCAACGUGGAUCUGCUGGGACUAGAUGGUCCAGACAGCAGCAAUGGGCGGGGCUCCAGUCCGGCUGAACCUAUCACCAAUGAGGUCGAUCUGUUUGGACCAAUGGUAUCGAACCCUCUGCCCUCCUCCAGCACACAGCCCUCACAGGCUGGUGGUGGGACAGCGCCCCCUACCUCCCCCGCUCCUGUCUCCUCCUCCACCUCCGCUGCUCCGAGGCCCGAGGAGAAGAAACUUAUGUCCAAAGACUCCAUUUUGUCCCUGUACAGCAGCCAACCACCGGGGGUCCCACAGCAGCAGACCGCCACUGGACAGGUGUACAUGGGGCAGCCUCAGAUGCCCUUCCCGUCUGGUGGCGGGGCAGGAGCGGUGCCUAAUGGAGGGUAUAUGCAGCCUGGCGUCCUGGCAACAGGGCAGAACCCGUACGGAGCCCAGUCGGGUCCUCAGCCGUGGGGCGUCAACCAGAUGACCCAGCAGAUGUCCAGCGUGGCCGUCUCUGGUCCAGGCCCGUCUCCUGGAGGUGUAGCCCAGCCGGGAGCUCCGUCUGUGGGAUACCCGUCCGCCGCAACAGCCUCUGGACAGACCCUCAGCACUCAGCUCUGGAAGUGACCCCUCCUCUCCUCCUCUGCUCUCCAAUCAAACGCACACAGCUCUAUGACCCUUAAAGGACACAUAUUAUGCAUUCUUGUGGCUUUUUGUCAUUUUGGGAUUAGGAUUUCACAUUUUCUAACUUGAAAUGAUGUCUACAUUUGGAAAAAAAAAACACAUUAUAAACUACACCUCUGUU